UUAUAUAGUUAGUUUUUCUAGCUCUACAUUGACAUAGAUAACAUCAAUACUUUCAUAAUUAAUUUUAAUGUAAACAAAGUUCGUGUUUAGUUAGAACUCUGACUGUAUUCUUAAGAUUUGCGGAUGGGGAUUUCUCGAAGCUCGAAUAAUGAAUAUACCAACUUCAGAGUGUUCAGAAUAAAGUAGUGGAAUUAUAGGUAAGAGUAAUAAUCAGAUAGAUUGUACGAAUGAAACUGAUGAGUUCUAAAUUAUCUCUUUUAUUGUAAAGAAGGAAAAUAAAGAUGCCAUUUCUAGAUUUUUUCCGAAGCAUCUUUAAUAAAGAAGCUAUACAAGAGCCACCUCAAAACAGGUUCGAGGAUAACUAUCGGUACAGCGAUAGCUUCAGGAAUCCAAUUUGGCAGAAUGAUGAAGAUGAAAAUGAAGAUGAUGUUAGUGAUUUUAGUAGACAUCCAAUGAAUAGAUACAAUUUUAAAAUAGACAGUAAUCCUUUUGAAAUGACUCGUUUUUUUGAGGCCCAAAUGGAAUAUUUAUUAAAAAGUUUUUUUAGUUUUGAUGGAUUUGGAAAAAAUUUUGGAAAUCAUACAAAUAUCUUCAUACCUUUUGAAGAUGAUAAUUUUAUGCAAGAAUUUUCAAUAUACGAUGGAAGAUCAAAUGGUAUUGGACCACGUGAUGAAGUAAUGAAACCUGAAUAUAAAGCAACAGAUCCAGGAUUUGCAAAUGAUAAUUUUACAAGUUUAUUUGCAUUACCUGAUGUGAAACCAAAAACUAAAGGGCUUUGUGAUGCUUUGCUGAAACCUUCUUAUGAAAUACUAGAUUCAAACAGUGAUAAAGUGGAUUCUGAUUUAGAUGGAAAGAUUAAAUCAGGUGAGCUAGCAGAAAUAUGGAAGGCCCCUUCAACAUCGGAAACUGUACAACCACAAUUUUCUGUUAGAAAUUUUACAUUUGGAAAAAGUGUUUCAACACAGGUAAUUCGAAGACAAGAUGGAAGCAUUGAAGAACGUCGCACAGUCAAAGAUAGUAAUGGCAAUGAAGAAACUAGUAUAACAAGACAAAUAGGAGAUCAACAACAUACUAUAAUAAAAAAAAAAGCUAAAGAUGGAUCUGAAGAACAGACAGAGAAUAUAAUCAACAUGGAUGAAAAUGAAUUGAAGGGAUUUGAUAAAAAAUGGUUAGGAUUUUCAAAAACACCAAAGCAGUCAAAUAUCAGUCUUGAAGAUUUUCCAUGGCAAAAAUUUUUUGGUCCUAAUCCAAAAUUAUAAU